AUGUCGUCCCCGAUUGCUAGUUCGGUAGCGAAUGAGCAGUUUGGAGAUAUACAAGCACAGCUCAGAAGUUUGCGGAAUAGUGUAGAUCAUCUCGAAGCUGUUGCGUCCGUGCCAGCAAAACAGAGAAAUACAAGCGUCAAAGAAAUAGCUAGUGAUAUUGCAUCUGAUGCCUAUAAUGUCGGCAUUCCCACCGAUAUCUUGGAACAGCUGGUAGACGUUCUCACGAAACCGAAUCAUUUGGACCAACCCACUAUCACGACGUUGGUCAAGAAUCUGUAUCCCCUGGAACGAGUUCCUUCAAUUGUGGUGACCAAGGCAGUAUGCAGUCUGGGGCCAACAAAACUCAAACCCUCCCUUGCGACGCAAACACUUCUUCUGCAAUGGCUUCUGCUUGUUUACGAGUUCCUGGAGGAACCAGCCAUUUUAUUCAAGCUUUACUCGGUUUUGUUUAAUCUACUCGAUAUGAUCAGCUUGCGUCGACCGCUAUGCCACAUCUUAUCUUUAAUAACACGUCGUCCGCAUGUGAAGCCUUUCCGGAUCCAGGCCAUCAUGGAGCUCCUACGCAAUGCUGGGGACGAUGAGAAAGAGCUCAUGGGACUACUACGAGUAUUCAAAAACUACUACCCUGAUAUUAUUGUCGGGGAAAUUGGCCGCUCGAAAUUCUUCUUCAAACAUCCAGAUCCUGAGUGGACGGCCAAACUGAGGCAGUUGCAGGAACGAAACUUGGAAAGAAUCCAGUUCGGCAAUGGACAUAAUGUCUUCCAGGUUGUGAGACGCGGUGUAUCCAAACGAAGAAAGGUCUCUGGAAUUAUUCCGGAUCUACAGACAUCGCGGGUGAAGCCGAACUUUACAUCCCUUGAAGAACUGAGGGAUGUUGAUAAUUUCGUGGAGAGCUUAGAGAAGAUCGAAUUGCCGAAUCAGAUAGUCUCAAUGUUGGAGAACCGCAUGGCACACAAAUACAUGGCGUUCGUGUUACCGGAAAUUGCUAGAGAUCGAUUGGAAGAUUGGUUAGAUGCGUUCUUGAAGGAUGAAAUUGAAUUGGCGAAACUUCCGGACUCUGCGGAUUCUGAAGCUAUUCGAUAUGUUUUAGGGGCUGUUUGUGGUUAUGUUCAAUCCACGAAGCAAUUGCCUAAUGCCGUGCAAACGUUUCUCAAUAAUUAUCUUCAAACAUGGAAUGGGCGAGACUAUCGACAAGAAAUUUUCGGUAUCUUACAAUUUAUACCAAAAGGCUCGUAUGAUGACAUUCGGAGCCAGUACCUGGAGCGACUAGAUACCACCGUUUUAGAUCAUACAGCAUCAUCAAGGACAGACCUUCUUGACUUCUAUGCAAACUUGAUUCGGCGAUGGGGAAUAAGUCUCAGGACACAAGAUUCCUCAUUCACUAGUGGAAACCUCAGGCUACUGGUGUCUCUAAUCACGCAUGUCGAGUUCCUCCUACUGUCGCUUAUGGAGGUACCAUUUACCACGGAGGCUAGGAAUGUGGGUGAUUCCAAACCCGUGAUAAUGAGUAUUCUCGAUCUGUACUCAAAUUUAGCGGAGCUUUACUCCCAUGCCUCGACUAAUGGCAAUAUCCGCCUGACAGUACCCCUACCACCCGUGAUAUACAGUCUGACAUUCACAUCUAAUCUCGCUCAAAUAUCACGCCUAUGUAGUAUCCUCGCUACAUACAAGAACUCAUUUGAAACUUCAUUAACAUCUCAAACAUUGCGGUCACCGGACAAGUCCACUGGAGAAUUCUAUCCCCCUGAAAUGAUCGGUCUUUAUAAUGGCUAUAUCAUGGACCUGUGCAACCUCGUUUGGCGAAACCGUGCACUAAAUCGCGAAGAUCAGAACGCUCACGGUUGCCUGGUACCUGAAUUAGCCAAGGAUGCAUUUGUGGAAUAUAUAAACGAUUCGAACGAGAUAUUAAAGCACCGCAGACGCCCCGAGGGCCCUGCAUUUAAUCACUCACUUGGAUUGAUGUUUUCUCUUAGUCAUCAUGUUGCUUUGGCGAACCAUUCGGCAGCAUGUUUCGCUGUUCUUGAGGAGCAGAGUACUGAAACCGGCCGGGAAGAGUUCAGGUUGCGAAAACCUGUCACGCAAAAUGCAUUGAAGACGCUUGAAAAGGAAGGCGGAUUGAAGCUGACCUGGCAAGAAUAUAGGGUGAAGAUGUUGGAAUGGUUUGACAGCAUGGGCAGUGAUGGUAUUGGGAAGUUGAUGAGAAGUACUAUGAAAGAGUUCCGGAAAGAUGAUUGA